GAGUGGGAUCAAAAUGUCUGAGAGAACAUCACAGGAUUCUCUCUGGAACGUGACUUUAUUCAUUUUUAUUUAUUUAAAGUAAUUGAAUGUCUUAAUUUGUGAGACAGAGCUGCAGAAAUGCUGCACAAACUUCUACUGCUCAUUGUUUUAGCAGCCAGCCUGGUCUCACCUCAGCCGUCUGCUGCCACAGCUACCAAAACAAAAACUCAAGUGAAGAACAACUCAGGUGUGACUCCAGCAGACAAGUGUGGGACAUGGGUGAAAGAGCCUGACGGAGGUUACUUCACUUCACCCAACUAUCCUGAGAGAUACCCACCUGACAGAGAGUGUGUCUACAUUAUAGAAGCUUCUCCUCGCCAGUGCAUCGACUUGUUCUUCGAGGAGAAAUAUUCCAUCGAGCCGUCGUGGGAGUGCAAGUUUGACCACAUCGAGGUUCGGGACGGACCCUUUGGCUUCUCGCCCAUCAUCGGCCGCUACUGUGGACAGGAAAGUCCGGCCUACGUGCGCUCCAGUGGGAGGUACCUGUACAUCAAGUUUGUGGCUGACGGGGAACUGGAGGCCACUGGCUUCUCUGCUCGGUACAACUUCACACAAGAUCCCGACUUCCAAGACCUUGGUGCACUCCCUGCUCUACCACCUUGUGAGUUUGAGCUGAGCGGUCCAGAGGGAUUCAUCGAGUCGGCUCAGAUCGCCAGGGACGGUCAGGUGCAGCAGACUGAGGCUGUGGACUGCAGGUGGUACGUCAGGGCUCCACCCAGAGCUAGGAUCUACAUGCGUUUUCUGGAGUACGAGAUGCACAACUCCAACGAGUGCAAGCGCAACUUUGUCGCCAUCUAUGAUGGCAGCAGCUCCGUUGAGCACCUGAAGAAUAAGUUCUGCUCCACGGUGGCCAACGAUGUCAUGCUGGUGUCGUCCGUGGGUGUGGUGAGACUUUGGGCAGACGAGGGGAGCAGGAAGAGCAAGUUCAGGAUCCUCUUCACCACCUUUCAUGAGCCUCCAUGUGAAGGAGACACCUUCUUCUGCCACAGUAACAUGUGCAUCAACCACACACUGGUCUGCAACGGCGUCCAGAACUGUGUUUACCCCUGGGAUGAAAAUCACUGCAAAGAGAAGAGGAAAGCCAGCAUCCUGCACACACUGGACAACACCAACCUCACCAUCAUUGGAGUGACUUGUGGUCUGGUCGUCAUCCUGCUCAUCAUCUCUGUCGUCAUCCAGAUUAAACAGCCGCGUAAGAAAUACGUAAUCCGCAGAGAUGACUUCGACUCCGCCCUCCUGCACCCUGAAUUCGAGCCUCCUCACUACGAGCUCUGUACUCUGCGCCGCGCCCCGUCAGGUGACAUGAACGACGCCGCCAUGGCAGAGGACUUUGAAAAGUUCCAAAAGCUCCGCCGCUCCUCCAGCAAAUGCAUCCGUGACCAUCACUGUGGCUCUCAUCAUGGCAGCGUGCACGGUAGCCGCAGCAACCUGAGCAUGAGGGACACCACUAUUACCAACGACGGGGGCACUCUUGUGCCGCCGGCAAUGGCGGGCCAGCAGUCGCCACGACUUGCCCACCACACAGCUGCUGCAGCAGGUCAGCGGAGCAUCCUGGUGAUGAAGCACAGUUAUUCUCAGGACGGGGCAGAGAGGUACCGAGCAGAGGAGGAGGAUCUGAUGAUGGAGGACGGUCCCACCACCAGCCAGCACCACAUGCACCCCCAUCAGAUCCACCACGGCAUGUCAGGGAUGGAUCACACCGUCCACCGUACACUCUCUAAUGACUUUUAAUGGGCGGCAACAUGGACAUGAAGUACAUGAAAAUAGACGAGACACAAAUGGAACUGCACUCAAACCAUCUCAAGGCCCUUGAAAGUGCUUGCAUUGUGUGCAAGAAAGAAGUUAACUUGAUCUUUACGUACAUUUCUCCCGUUUGUUAUGACGCCAUCUACUGUUUCAUGCCCUGCAUUGCUUGAUGUAUGUAGACUAGGCCUACACAGGACCAACGUUGAGUCAUAAUUACUAGCCAUGAGAUUUCGUGCAGAACGAGUAAUGUAAUGUUAAGCAAGAGAGAGCAAAUAAUGUGAUUCACGUGAAAUUCACGUUUCAUGUUUGGCUUAAAACACUUUGUUUUAGUAAUUUUGUGUAUAAAUUAUGUAUUGCAGUGAUAAAAUCUUGGACGUUAUUCCCCCAUUAGGCUUAAAAGGAACCAAACUGAGACUUAUAUCAAACUAAUUUUCCUCUUGUUGUUUAAAAUUGUUCAAUUGUUUAUUUUUUGUUGUUUGAG